AUGGUACAAAAUUUACGAUUUGAUGGCCAGACGGUGGUGGUCACUGGAGCGGGAGCAGGUCUUGGCAAAGCCUAUGCUCUCUUCUUUGCAUCAAGAGGUGCAAACGUCGUGGUCAAUGACUUGGGUGGUGAUAUAAAAGGCUCUGGUGCUAGCCAAAAGGCUGCAGAUAUAGUCGUGGAGGAGAUCAAGGCUAGUGGUGGAAGGGCUGUGGCGGAUUACAACAGCGUUGUGGAUGGCGAGGGGAUCGUUCAGACAGCCAUCAAUACAUUCGGUCGAAUUGAUGUUCUCAUUAAUAAUGCAGGUAUCCUUCGUGACGUGUCUUUCAAGAACAUGACAGAUGCAGAUUGGGAUAUCAUCACCGCGGUGCACCUUGCCGGAGCUUACAACACUACGUCUGCAGCUUGGCCACACUUUGUGAAGCAAAAGUAUGGACGGAUCAUCAACACAACAUCUGUGGCAGGCAUUUAUGGCAAUUUUGGGCAGACUAAUUAUGCAUCUGCCAAACUUGGCUUGGUGGGCUUCACUGAAGCUUUGGCAAACGAGGGCGCUGCGUAUAACAUAUACGCCAAUGUAAUCGCACCUCAAGCUGGAAGUCGACUCACUGCCACGGUGCUGCCUCCUGAAAUCAUUGCAAUCAUGAAACCUGAAUAUGUGACACCACUCGUUGCAGUUUUGGUCCACUCAUCGAACAAGGAAAAUGGCUCCAUAUUCGAGGUUGCUGCUGGAUAUGUGGCAAAGAUUAGAAGACAGCGAGCAGCUGGCCUCUUUCUCAAGCCCGAUCAUACUUACACGCCUUCUGCGGUUCUUCGAGGUUGGUCUCAAGUCAAUGACUUUUCGAAGUCAGAGUAUAGCCAGUUACCUACCAACACGAGGUCAAUGUUGAGUCAAUUAUCAAAGCCCAACGAACAAGGCCCUGACGUACGAUUCGAUGACAAAGUGGUGGUCGUCACGAGGGCUGGCACAGGACUGGGGCGAGAGUCCGCUCUUGCAUACGCAAAACUCGGAGCAAAAGUUGUUGUAAAUGACACUGUCCGCUCAGACGUUGUUGUGAAGCAAAUAAGAGCUACAGGAGGUCACGCUGUGGCUAACACUGCUCCUGUUGGAGAUGGCGGUGCCAUUGUAAAGACCGCCCUUGAUACCUGGGGAAGGAUUGACAUCCUUGUCAACAACCCAGAACUCACAAUUUCCGGGGCCACUACAUGGCAAGGAGUGAUCGACUCUCAUCUUCGUGACGCCUACAAAAUAACAAAAGCUGCAUGGCCUCACAUGAUAAAGCAGAAAUACGGCAGGAUCCUAAAUAUUGCCGGUGUAACUGGGAGUGGUAAUCUCAUCAGCCGGUUGGCGCUCGCCACAGCAAGUGCCAGCAUUAUUGGUUUCUCUCAAGCUUUGGCUUUGGAAGGUAGAAAGAACAACAUUUUUGUGAACGCAAUUGCACCAUUUACCUGGAGCCAACUUACCGACGGUGGACAACAGAACUUUUACCCUGAGCAUGUCUCUGCACUAGUACUAGCGCUGUCCUCUGAUAUGAUCCCCGAUCUACCCACUGGCCUUUUAUUCCAAGCUGGCAGCGCUUGGCAAGCCCGGCUCAGGUGGCAGCGAACUGGUGGUCAUUUGUUCCCCCUUGAAGCAACCUUCACACCAGAAAAGGUGCUGGAGAAUUGGAGGAGUAUUACAAACUUCGACGACGGGAAAGUCGACUAUCCACAUACAAUUACAGACAGUGGAGCCAAGGUAUUUGCCAAUCUCAACAGCCCUGCUACUAAGGGUCUCUCUACCAAACUUGAUGGCAGGAAGUAUCUGGCGAUCAUUGAGAAGGCGAAAAAGGAUGAACUUCUACCCCUGCCGUUCAGCUGGACCUGGAGGGACACAAUCUUAUACAAUCUCGCUCUCGGGGCAAACCGGACGCAACUGCCCUUGGUAUUUGAGAACCACCCAAAAUUCCAAGUGUUACCGACUUAUGGUGUUAUCCCAAUGUAUGGCGCACCUACCAAAACACCACUAAACGAACUGAUUCCAAACUUUUCCCCAACCCGAAUUCUGCACGGCGAACACUACCUUGAGAUUCGGAAAUUUCCCAUCCCGACAGAGGCAAAAGUGGCAUCUUAUGCAAAGCUACUCGAAGUGGUCGACAAGGGCAAUGCUGCUAUUGUUAUACAAGACUACGAAACCAAGGACGUUGAGACUGGUGAGGUGUUGUUCUCCAACAUCUUUACCUUGUUUGUACGUGGGUCCGGAGGCUUUGGCGGCGUAAAGAGUGACAUCAACCGUGGUCCUGCGAGUAUCAACUACAGCCCACCAAAUCGAGCACCUGAUGCAGUGGUUGAAGAAAAGACAUCCGAUGACCAAGCCGCGCUCUACCGUCUUAACGGCGAUCGGCUCCCGUUGCACAUCGACCCGGCAUUCGCAAAGCAGGGCGGCUUCGAUACCCCGAUUUUGCAUGGCCUAUGCACGUUCGGCAUCGCUGGAAAACACGUCUUUCUUACCUAUGGAGAGUUCAAGAACAUUAAAGUCCGCUUCACCGGUAUUGUGUAUCCUGGACAAACUCUUGUUACAGAGAUGUGGCGUGAUGGAGGCCGAGUAACAUUCCAGACUAAAGUCAAGGAAACAGGAAAAUUGGCUUUGGGUAGUUGCGGCGUGGAGCUGAGGAAUAAACCGAAGCAGAAUCUGUAG